AUGCCCUGUUGUGGUAAAAGUCUUCCAGAAAUUUCCCUCCGAGAUAUCUUUCGGAAAGUGCGUUGUAUUUCCGCUUGCUGUGGAGGGAAAAUUGUAAUUCAAGCCUCAGACAUUGAUGGCAGAAAAGUACCUGAGCCAAAUCUAUUACAAUCCAGAAAGUCCCGCACGUUUUGGUGGCGUAGAUUCAAUUUACCGGGUCGUAAAAGACGAAGGCAAACGAUCAGAUAUCGCGGAAUAAAAUACGGCUAUGGCGACAAAAGCAAGACACGUUUACUUUACAUAAACCUGUAAGAUAUCGUUUCAAACGGAACUGUGUCAUUGUAGGAGCAAUUGACGAGUAAUGGGAGGCGGAUCUUGUGAUUAUGGACUCGAUAAGCAAAUACAAUAACCGCUUUAAGUACAUUUUAACUGUAAUCGAUGUACUUAGCAAAUAUGCGUAGGCUGAACCGAUAAAAACAAAGACUGGAGAAAAUCUUGUCAAAGCCUUUGAGAAAAUACUUAAAAAGGGUCGAAAGCCUGAAACGUUUCACAGCGACAAAGGGACAGAGUUUAUGAAUCGAAAGUUUCAAGCCUUUUUGGAGAAACAUAACAUCCGGUUUUUCACGACGCAAAACGAGGCCAAGGCGUCGAUUGUCGAAAGGUUUAAUCGUACGCUCAAGACGAAAAUGUGGAAAUACUUUACAGCGAAGAAUACGCUCAAAUACGUGGAGAUUAUCCAGAAACUGGUAAAAUCUCUGAUUCAAUGAGGCCUGUUGAUGUAAAUGAAGACAACGAGAGCAUUGUGUAGCACAAACUUUAUGGAGAACAGUCAGACAAACCCGUUCGGUUUAAGUUUAACAUUGGUGAUCAAGUACGAAUCAGCAAAGCAAGGCGCACAUUUAAGAAAGGAUACUUACCUAAUUGGACCGAAGAAGUGUUUACCAUAACCAAACGUGUUCUUCGACGACCACCCGUGUACAAGAUCGCUGAUUUUGAUGACGAUGAAUUGAAAGGAACAUUUUACGAACAAGAGCUUCAGAGAGUGAAUAAAACAGACAGUGAUUUUUAUAGAGUCGAAGAAGUACUUAGAUCACGUAUGCGUAAUAAACGUAAAGAGUAUUUUGUAAAAUGGCGGGGCUACCCUGAUAAAUUCAAUUCUUGGGUACCAGCAGAGAGUGUGAAAGAUAUUAAAUAA